GGGGAGUGCUACCUAAUAUUUAAUAAAAAAAAAUAAAAAAAAAAAGCCAUGGUGAUGAGAUGUCGAUCCUUUCGAGUCUAGCGUUGACCUAUAUUGAGGCUGUGAUUCGGCAUGGGGCCCGGGCCGAUUAAUUGAAACAAACUCGUCUCCGCUGACAUGGCGCAACCCCGUACUUCAUAUCUUUACUGCCUUACGCAUCUCCUAGCAAUCCACUGCAAUUUCUUCUCCCCGAAUCCGAUGUCGGAUAAUUCUGGUGAUCAUGGGAGAACAUGAUAAGUUUAUUGGCCUCUCACUGGCUGUGCUGGCGUCGGUAGCCAUUGGCUCGAGCUAUGUCAUCACCAAAAAGGGUCUUGUUCAAGCGGCGGAGAAAUAUGGUUUCACCGGAGAUGGAUUUGAAUACCUACGGAGCCCCCUGUGGUGGUGUGGAAUGAUCAUACUGAUAUCCGGAGAACUGAUGAACACUGCCGCCUACGCAUUCGCUCCAGCAGUGCUGGUCACGCCGCUAGGGGCGCUCAGUGUACUUAUUAGUGCUUUGAUGGGUGCGUAUUUCCUUAAGGAGGACAUUCAAGUCCUUGGCAAACUCGGAUCCGCCAUCUGUCUUUUGGGAUCGGUGUUGCUGGUGCUCCAUGCGCCGGGCGAUAAGGACAUACAGACCAUUGAUGAAAUCCUACACCUAGCAAUUCAACCAGCCUUCCUUAUCUACUGUGUCUGUGUCGGAAUCUUUGCUAGUUACAUGAUUUACAAAGUCGCCCCGAGACAGGGCCGGACAAAUCCAUUGGUCUAUCUCUCGAUUUGCUCCACAGUGGGAUCCGUGUCCGUCAUGUCCGUCAAGGCAUUCGGAAUCGCCGUCAAGCUCACCAUUGCCGGGGACAACCAAUUCACGCAUGCGUCCACUUACGUGUUCGCCCUAGUCCUAGUGGUCACCACCCUAACCCAGAUGAACUACCUAAACAAAGCAAUGGGUGAAUUCCCUGCGUCACUAGUAAAUGCGAUGUACUAUGUCGGUUUUACUACAUGCACUCUAACCGCCUCUAUCAUCUUCUACCAAGGUCUGAACACCAGCAACUGGACCAGUAUUACCUCGAUGAUGUGCGGAUUCCUCCUCAACUUCAUCGGUAUCUCCCUAUUGACCUUGUCCAAAACCGGCCAAGAGUCUCGACCGGAAUCAGUGCGAGCGGUAAGCAUGCGGUCGCUGGACUUGUCCCACGGGCGAUACGACCACGUGCGAACAAGCAGCGUGGAUUUUCCUCGCGCCCUGGAGAGGAGGUCUUCCGGCAUGGACGCCGUCGAACGGCAAUAAUGGCCGAUCUGCGAUCCCGGACUUGUUCCUUUUUUUUUUCCUUAGUCGAACUCUUUUCAGCCAGCCCGUGAGGAAAUCGGUGUCGAAUUGGCCACUAGCUCGAAACCCUGUCUUGCUAUGUUAUAAGCUUGACGCAAUUGCUGGCUUUUAGUUGAAUGCCGAUGGACCACAGGUGGGCCCAUCGAGCGCGUUUAAAUAUUUAUACCCUGGAUAUAGACGUCCCCCCAUCACGGGACAUGAUAUGUACUUAUGAAAUAUGAAAGGGACUGUGAAGUCUUCUUGGUAAAUAGAAGCCUUGGUUUAAAAUAUG